AUGCCCGAUUUUUUUGAGUCUGCUACCAUUGAUAGCUGUGUUGAGUCCGAGAUCGAACUACCACAGUUUGUUCAGUUUCCAGCUACACAACCACCUCACUCCCUGCAAAAACUGAUCAACCAUUAUGGUCUUGUCAAACAUGCUGAGAACGGAUACUUCAAAGAAACUGAUCGUUCCCCAUUCGUGGUGAAUUGUAAACAUGACAAGGAAGAGGAUGAUAGCGCCGACCAAGAAAGUAUUAUGCCCACCGCCACUAAAGAGCCAGAGUAUAAAAGUGAUAGGAACUUUUCGACGUUGAUCUACUAUUUGCUGACGCCUGACGCUCCUGUCUCCAAGAUUAUUAUGAACACCAGUCGUAACAUUCACAUUUUGCAACGUGGGAAAGGUCAGUACGUUAUGAUCUACCCAGAUGGAAAGAUCAAAAGUUUCAAAGUUGGAUUUGACUAUGCUAAUGGCGAAGUUUCGCAAUGGGUUGUUCCUGGUGGCGUGUGGAAGGCAAGUUUUCUCCUUCCCAACGACGAAUUCGAUAACGGGUUUCUCAUCAGUGAGGUCGUGGUUCCUGGAUUUGAGUACAGCGACUACAAACCAUUUCCAGGGUUCGAGAAACUUGUAGAGCUAGUUGGAGAGGAGAAAGCUGAGGUUUUGAAACCACUUUUGUGA